AUGGCUGUCAGCUUGGGCUUGACUGCCCAAUACAUGGCCUUGCUAGUCUGGGCUAGACAUGCUUGUGUCGGGGUAUCACACUGGGUCACCAGGCAUUUCAUUGCAGGCCAAGGAAGAUCUGCCCAUGCUACAGCUGCACUGUCUCCAUGCGUUGUUGGCACUUUCCUACCUUCUUCACAGUUCUCCUCGACUCUGCUGCGCUUUCUGAGAUAUGUCCUUUCGUACUCUGAAGCCCCUACUUUCAAGACGUCCCGGGGCCCCAUGGAAAGUCCGCUACUUACUUGUGCAUAUACUGUCUUCUAUCUUCUGUCCGUCGCCAGAGGACGAUGA